UGUUCUUGUAACUAAAAUGAAUUUUGAGGCAAGGAUAAACAAUGGGAAGAGGACUCUCCAAUUAAAAGGACCAUAUAUAUGCUGUCUAUGUAUCAUAGAUAGUUUGAUCAGAGUCUGCAUGAUCAACAGUACUGUACAAUUGUAGAAGCCGCAAUUCAAACAUUUUACUUCAUAUACACACAAUAUCUAAGACGUAUUCUGCAGGGAAUAUGAGCAUUUCACUCUCAUCCCCUGUCUGUUUCGAAAACGGCUUGUUCUAGACUCAAAACUGUUAAAAAUUCUGUUACCCCACCAGCAGGGUUGUUUCUGCUGUAAGUUGUUAUUAGUUGUCACCGAGUCUUUGAGAAGCCAAUCAAAGUGAAAACUUCAUUCCACUAACAAAAAAGUAUGUGAUGUAUUCUUGAGGAAUGCAGACAACAAAGAUUUUAUACCAAACCCUGUAAAUGAACCAGAUGCUUUUCUUACUUCUUUUUCAUCUUUUUAUUUGUUAGUUUAGGUAACUUUUUGUUCCCGUUUCCCACGGUGAAUUCAUCAAGAAUCCUUAGUCAUAGACAUGUAUAAAUUUAUGUGUGCAUCAAAGAAUUGAAUAACCAACUCAUUGAAGUUACCUAAAUUCGAGUUUAAUUUAAUUAGUCCAGUGGGGGUUCUCUAUUGUGUGGUGUGUUCCUAAAGAAUGUCCAACCAACAAAGACCAUUUUCAUGGUUCCGUUUGGCUCCUUUUGGUCGCCAAAUGCAACCAACUCCACCACCAACCCCUCGGCCAACAGCAUUUCGAUCUCCUGCUCCACGACCAUAUAGGCCUCCUGCCCCUCAGCCUCGACCACCUGCUGUCACAUCUGCUCCUCCAAUUCGAGCAUCGUUCCCUGGCAUUAUUACUGCACCAAAAUCUCCAACACCAUCUACUGCCCCUGUCUCUCCAGCCAAAUCAAUACUUUCUUCAUCACCUACAUCUCCCGCAUUUCUCCCAAUUGCUUCCUCUUCCUUCAGCUUAAAAAGCCCUGAAACCAAGACCCCAAAACCAACAGCUAAAACUGCAGCACCUCCACCUCCUUCCCCUGCCACCACUCUCACUGCUCCUAAUACUUCAAGAAUUGUCAAGCCUUGGAACGAAUCUCCACCAAAAUUACACCCCGAAACAAAGUCUCUGUUUCGUCUACCCGGGAAAGAAACCGCUGGAAAUUCUAAGAUGAAUGAGAAAUCUGCUAUGGAUAGUAGUACUAAAUUUGAAAAAUUACCAAGGAGGUUGGUAACACUAAUUGGCGAAAACAAAGGGGCAAUAAUGCUAUUGAAACCAAAUUCCACCAAGAAAUCUUAUACUACUACUAAUGUGUUUGGAGGUAAGUCCCAAACUGUUGGCAAGAAAGAAGAAGGCAAUACUGUUGAAGGAGAUCAAAAGAAGAAGAAAGAAGAUCAAAGUGACAUGAAUUCAAUGGAGAUGGAAGAAUCUACUAUGUUCAUUAACAGUAAUGUACAAGGAGUGAACAACUCGAUUUUAGACGAAUCGAGUUUCACUGACCAUGAUCCUGGUUUCCAUAUCUUCUUCUCGACGGAUUAAAAUCCUCUGCUUUGCUAAUUAUAGAUACAAUGUGAUUCUUGGUGAAACGCAAGCAUAUGAAGUUGAGGUAACAAUAAUAUUCUAUAUACUAUAUGAUGUUUGAGAAGUUUUUCCAAUUGAUAAUAAACAAAUUAAAAUGAGGAGGGCGUGGAUUCUGGAUUCUCCAUGUUUGAGUUAUAGUCCACCUUUUGAUGUAAUAUGUUAUCGGCAUUAAUUUAUGAAGUUCCUUUCAAGUUGUCCUGUUUUACAAAUAUUUGUGUUACAAACUCUUUUUAUUUCUGUAAUGUGAAUCGGGAUAACAUAAAUAAAU